AGAAAAAAAACCAUGCGUGAGGUAAUCUCCAUUCACGUUGGACAGGCGGGAGUUCAAAUUGGAAAUGCUUGCUGGGAACUAUACUGUCUCGAGCACGGAAUUCAACCCGAUGGAACUAUGCCUUCUGAGCAACAAAAUGAGGGUGGAUCCUUCACCACGUUCUUCUCAGAUACUGGAAAUGGACGCUAUGUUCCGAGAUCUAUUUUUGUGGAUCUUGAGCCAACAGUCGUCGACGAGAUCCGCACUGGAAACUACAAGAAGCUGUUCCAUCCAGAACAAAUGAUCACUGGGAAGGAAGACGCUGCUAAUAACUAUGCUCGUGGUCACUACACCGUUGGCAAGGAGCUCAUCGACACUACUCUUGACAGAAUCCGUCGUCUCGCCGACAACUGUAGUGGUCUUCAAGGAUUCUUUGUCUUCCACUCCUUCGGUGGAGGUACUGGAUCCGGAUUCACCUCACUGCUGAUGGAACGUUUGUCGGUUGACUACGGAAAGAAGUCGAAACUAGAGUUUUCAAUCUAUCCAGCUCCACAAGUUUCCACUGCAGUCGUUGAGCCAUACAACUCGAUCCUUACUACUCAUACUACUUUGGAGCACUCCGAUUGUGCAUUCAUGGUUGAUAACGAGGCGAUCUACGACAUUUGCAAGCGAAAUUUGGAUGUUGACCGACCGAGUUACACCAAUCUCAACAGAAUUAUCUCUCAGGUUGUGUCUUCAAUCACCGCUUCACUCAGAUUUGACGGAGCUCUCAACGUGGAUCUCAACGAGUUCCAGACCAACUUGGUGCCAUACCCAAGAAUUCAUUUCCCAUUGGCCUCUUACACUCCAUUGAUCUCUGCCGAGAAGGCAUAUCACGAGGCUCUGUCUGUCAAUGACAUCACCAAUAGCUGCUUCGAACCAGCAAAUCAGAUGGUCAAAUGUGAUCCACGCAACGGAAAGUACAUGGCUGUCUGUCUUCUGUACCGCGGAGAUGUUGUGCCGAAGGAUGUGAACACUGCAAUUACUGCCAUCAAAACCAAGAGAUCAGUUCAAUUUGUGGAUUGGUGCCCAACUGGGUUCAAGGUUGGAAUCAACUACCAACCACCAACUGUGGUUCCAGGAGGUGAUCUUGCCAAGGUGCCACGCGCCGUGUGCAUGCUCUCCAACACUACGGCUAUCGCCGAGGCCUGGUCCCGCCUGGACUACAAGUUUGACUUGAUGUACGCCAAGCGCGCCUUUGUUCACUGGUACGUCGGAGAAGGAAUGGAAGAGGGAGAGUUCACUGAGGCUCGUGAAGACUUGGCAGCUCUCGAGAAGGACUACGAAGAGGUCGGAGCUGAUUCCAACGAGGGAUUGGAAGAAGACGGAGAAGAGUAUUGAAAUGUUCACUGUUAAAUACUUAUGUAUCAUAAAGUGUUUAAAUUAUUAA